AUGAAGUUCGUCGUCGCAUUCACUGCCCUCUUUGCCGGCCUGGCCGCGGCCCAGUUGGACCUCAACCGCCGAGAGGACCAAAAGUGCAUCGCCGACAAUCAGGAGUGUACCAUCAAAGACCUUUGCUGCAGCAAGUUUUGCCUCGUCCAAGAGGGUCAGGAAAAGGGCGUAUGCAAGUAG